GCCGGGACUCGCUCCGGCGACUUAGCUGCUUCGUUCCAAGACCCCCCAAUCACGCGCCACCUCCUCCUCGGGUUCUCUCUCUCUCUCUGUGUGUGUAUUUUAACACUGCUAGAAAAAAAAAGCGCGGUGGGGGGGAAAGAGUCAGAACAACAGAAUAGCACAAGGAAGUGCCAGCCCCAUUUGGGCUGAGGACUCCGGGGAGAAUGAAUCCUAGUUAUUUGACUUUGGAGAGAAUCCCCUCCUCUUUUUCUCUUCUUUUAGUUGUUUUUGGAGCAGCUAGCUAGUCCCUUCAGCUGAAGGCGCUUCUGUCCAACCCUUAGACUUAUCCUGUUUGGAGGAGAGGGUGAAACUGGAGAGUGGGGCGUCUCUUCUCCACGGGGUUUAUCCAUGCUUGGUCGGCAAGACCCAGAGUUGUCCUUCUCUCCGGGAUCUCUGUCAGAGAGCCAGAGACAACGGGAAGUCACUUAACAAGCUCGGAAGAGAAGAACCAAAAGGCGGAAAGGGAUAGUUAGAGCAAGUCCACGGGAAGCCUUGUUCUCCGGACUCUUAUGGCUUGAAGGCAAAUGCUGGGAAGGAGGGCUGGCAAGAAUGAAUUAGAGGGAUGCCUCUCAUGUCAUGCAAGAGCAAAUACAGAUUGAAAAAAGUGACUGGUGAGAUGUAGAUUGCUGACAAUAUCUGGGAAAGAAGCAGAAGGUUACCAGAAGGAGGUGUCCAAACCGAGAGUGUUUCUUCUCCAUGGAUUUCCCAAAUAUCUUCUGGUACAAUGACAGCUAUGAAAACAGGACCUUCAACAGCUCCAGCCUGGAGCAGAAGCCCACCCACUAUAACUACUAUGCCAUGCUGUUGACGCUCCUCAUCUUUGUGAUUGUCUUUGGCAACGUGCUAGUCUGCAUGGCUGUGUCCAAGGAGAAAGCCUUGCAGACCACCACCAACUACCUGAUUGUCAGCCUUGCUGUGGCUGACCUGCUUGUGGCUAUGUUGGUGAUGCCGUGGGUGGUCUACCUGGAGGUGGUCGGUGAGUGGCGCUUCAGCCGCAUCCACUGUGACAUCUUUGUCACCCUGGAUGUGAUGAUGUGCACAGCCAGCAUUCUUAAUCUCUGCGCGAUCAGCAUUGACAGGUACACAGCUGUGGCCAUGCCCAUGCUGUACAACACCCGCUACAGCUCCAAACGCAGAGUCACUGGGAUGAUUGCUGUGGUGUGGAUCCUCUCCUUCGCCAUCUCCUGCCCACUGAUGUUUGGGCUGAACAACACAGAGAAGAAUGAGUGUAUCAUUGCCAACCCUGCCUUUGUUGUGUAUUCUUCUAUCGUCUCCUUCUACGUUCCUUUCAUUGUCACCCUGCUGGUGUACGUGCAGAUCUAUAUAGUGUUGCGGAAACGCAGAAAACGGGUCAACACCAAGCGCAUCGCCAGUCACGUGGGCCUGGGCGCCGACACGCAGGCCCCAUUGAAGGAGAAAUGCACUCAUCCAGGAGAUGUCAGGCUCUGCACACUCCUUGUGAAGAGCAACGGGAGCUUCCCUGUUCAUAAGGGCAAAGUGGAGGCCAUGGAUCACAUGGAAGAGAUGGAGAUGGCCACUAGUACCAGCCCACCAAAGAACAAUGUCCAGCCCCCUCUGCCAAGUGACAUGGAACCAGCUGAGCCAGCUGCUUCCAUCCCCUCUGCCAAUUUAACUCCGCCGUCUCCUGAAAACAGCCGCCUGGACAUGCAGAAGAACGGGCAUACCAUAGACAAUUCCAAAACAGCCAAGGUCUUUGAGAUUCAGACAAUGCCCAAUGGCAAGACCAGGACUUCCCUCAAAACUAUGAGCAGAAGGAAAUUUUCACAACAGAAGGAAAAGAAAGCCACUCAAAUGCUUGCCAUUGUGCUUGGUGUUUUCAUCAUCUGUUGGCUCCCUUUCUUCAUCACCCACAUUCUGAACAUGCACUGCAACUGUAAAAUCCCACAGGUCAUGUACAGUGCCUUCACAUGGCUCGGAUAUGUCAACAGCGCAGUCAAUCCCAUCAUUUACACCACUUUCAACAUUGAGUUCCGGAAAGCUUUUAUGAAGAUCCUUCAUUGCUAGCCUCUGCUUGAGGACCAGUCAUCUGAAUCACGUGACCGGAUUAAGGCUGUGUAUCAGAACACCCAGUUUGAGAGUGCCAUGCCAAUAUAUUUCUACAACUGGGAUACCACAGCUGUCAUGGUCCAAGGUUGCCUUGUGCUCAAGGAAGCAUUGAAACUCUGUGAGACUCGGAUGGGAGAGUUUGUGUCAAAUGCAACCUUUGCAUUCUGCUAAAACGAGAAAGCAAGCAAGCCAAGUCUCCCCACAAACAGCUGUGGGAUCAAGAAGAUCUCCAAGAGAUUCAUCACCAAUUUUAGCUGAGCCCAAGAAGGAGAGACCAUGACUUGCUCUUAUUUCUCACCAAAGACGCACCCAUUCUUGCCCGCUUCGCAACUGGAGGAAGAUUCCUUCUUCGAGGAAGAAACAGCUUUCCCAGGAAUCGUGUCUGUUGGCGUUGCCUUCAGAUUUCAGGGACACUGUGGUGCCCAUCAAAUUGCCGAGGCUAAAUCAUGCAGCUACUGUGAAGGCUUGGAGUAGUCGCCAGACCAUUGUCACCAGACAAAAGGAAGGGGGAAGGGGAGGAGGCUGUGAGAGAAUGAAAACUCAGGGUGGAGAGGAGAGGCAGAAUUGUUUAUUAUAUGAUGCCAAUGUAUAUACAAAUAAAUAGAGGGAACUGAGCAGAAGCCCAAGCCAAAAAAAAGUGAAAACCAAUCAAUCAAUCUUGUCUUACAUGGAAUGCAUUGUAAUUAAAAAGCCAUCUCUGCUCACGUACACCAGCAUAUGUGGUAGACAGCAACUUCUCAGCUUCCAGAACUGAAUCUCUGGGAGAACAAAUCAAAUCUGACAGGGAGGGAAGGAUGGAUGGAAAGAUAUGGACUACAAGGCCCUUGUCAGGCACUUAAUAGUGAAUUAAAGUCUGGAGAAAUCUCAACCAAGCCAAAGUGUUAGCUCAAAGGUAAACAAUAUGGUGCAUACAUGCAGAAGAUCCAUGUUAACCCCAGGUUAAAACCCCGUGGAUUUAAAAGAAUCAGUUAAAAAUGAAGAAGAAAAUUUUGCGCCUGAAAUUCCGAGUAAAUUAUUCCUAGUCAGUCUUUAAGUGUAAGCUAGAUCAAUUAGGCAACAAGCCACCUUUUGGAUCAUCUGUGAUUAGAAAGAAUGCAAAGGGUGGGCUUUCCUUUCUCUCCUAAGUUAGGCUUACCUUAUCUGGGCUGCAAAAACCCACUAGAUGGCAAUAAAGAGAGUUUUCUGGGUUUUUAAAGAAACAGAUAUGGUUGUCUUGAUUCUAGACUAGCUUAGAUUUUCUUUUUGUCCUGUAGGAAGGAAGAAUAGAAGAGGUGACGCAAAUGGAGAGACCUGGUGCCCAAUGGUAUAAUGUAGCCUACAUUUCUUGGGUGAUCAGAAAAUAUCUAGCUUGCAACAUCUGCCCUGCUUGAUGGGCAUACCUGUUGAGGCAGGUGAUACAUCGAUGCGUUUCAGGAUUCUUUCUGCUUUGCUCCCAACAUGGUGCAACCAACACAGGAGAAAAAGUCAUUGGAAAGAUUAUUUUGAUGAAGCUGCAUCAGACAUUAUUUUUGUCUGGCAUGCUGGCUUCACUUCUGUCAAGAUUGUAUUUCCCUUAAAGCAGAACAUCUGGGCCUUUGUGCUUUCAAGAAGCUUUUCAGGGAAAAAAUUGAAACUCAAUUUUCUUUAGGACAGAAAAAUCUAAAUAACACAGUUCCAGGUUGAAGGAGUUUUAUUUUGUUUUCUUUUCCUCCCCCAGAUCUUCUGUUAAAUUUUAAAAAGCAUUGACACCCUUCUUUGACUUUCCUGAAAGAUUCAUCUGGGCAAUUUCAUAGGUUAACCAAAUAAACUCCACGUAGAUCUUCCUCAUAUUUCUAUCUUGAAUGCUCAUGUGAUAGCCAAGUCUACUUGGAUGUCUUAUCUUUUCUCUACAAAAUGAUGACUGACAGUUAGGAAUGAGCAAUUACACAUGGUCUUGAGUCAAUUCGCCUCAAUUGGGGUGGUGGGAAAACCAUUUACAGCUGAAACCUUUUCAACCUCUCCCUCUAGGAAAAAAACCAUCAUCAAGUCAUCAGCCAGAAUGGUCAAGACCUUGGUGGCCAAUGCUGUUAUUGUUACCCUCUAUCAAAUUCACAGUAUUUUUGUAAGAUGCUGCAGAAACUGUACAAGCCAACUAAUAAAAUGACAUGAAAAUGCGUUUUCCGGGAUUUUAUUUGUGAACCUGAGAAGUGAGUAAGAGAGGAGUCUAGCCAUGGCCGUCUCAGGUGCUCUUGGGAAGAACAAACUUGAAGGCUCUUGUGCAACCUUCUCCAUUUUCCAGAUUUCUCUUCUCUUAUAACCUAGAAUCAAAGCUGUGGCUGACCUUCCUCAGAUGGAUCUCUCUACUAGCUUGUCUACGGCCUUCAGAGCCUGCACUGACUGUUCCUCCAUUAUACUUAAUGGUCUCAGUAGGUAACAGCAAGUCUGAUUAGUGUGGCCAAAAGAUAUGGUUUGUUGGAUCCAGGCAGUC